GUACGGAAUAGCGGAAAUUCAGGGUACGCUUACACGCUCACAGGGCACUUUCAGGAAACUUUCAGGUCACUUUCAGGGACAGCCUCGUCAAUGGUCCCUUGCAGUAGUCGGCCUCACCUCCUGAGUCGCGAUCUGUUCCUCGUCGCUCUUUAAAAUCCUGUUCUCUUGCAUAUUUAUAUAUAUAAAUAUAAUAUAUCCAGUAUCAUUGUCAUCACUGUGGCAAAUCGUAUACGAACAAUCUACUUAUAUUAACCUCCUCGUCAUCCGCAUGAAAUACGAAAUCUCUCGUCUCCUCCCGCUCCUCUAGUGAUCAACGCUCACCCGGCUACAGUCAGCAACCAAACCUUGCACAGCCCGCCUCCCACCCCCAACCCCCCAUCGCUCCGCGUUUCAAGUCCGCCCGGUGGAUUGGAAUUUGCCGUGGGUUCGAGUGAGAGCGGGUAAGAGCAACGCUGUGGCGGUACAAGAUCGUCGCCCGCCCAAUUUCGACACUUGAAGAGUUGCCGAAGGCAGGAGAGAAAAAAGAAACUCGGGGUUUAGUUUCCCUGAGCCUGAGCAUCGAACCACUUCACGAUCCGCUGGUUCCAACGACGGCGUACAGCGACAUACGACGGGCGCUGAGCAACAAGACUCGAGGAGGGAUGGGUAGACUGGGCUGAUUGCGACAACACCUUGCUUUCCUACGAUUGUUCAACGACGACUUGACCCGAAUCCGAAAAGCGAAACAAAGAAUAAAACAGAAACAGAACAGAACACAAACAAACGAGGGUGCAUUUGCACUCGGUCGAGUCGCGAGGAUGCCGACAAUCGAUGUAGCCAUGGCGCGCAGUGUGUCGCGGGAGAUGCUUCUGGGAUUACAAAACAGAGACCUUGCGGAGUCGGCGAACAAUGUCAAGACGUCCUUUUCGAGUUGGGAUAAUUGUAUGAAGGCCACAUACUGCAAAUGGCCAAUAAUAGCCGCCAUCAUCGUGGGCGGACUCAUCGUUCUGUCGGUCGUAUGGUGUAUCGUCCGCUGCUGUUGCUGCGGUAUGUCAUGCUGCUGCUCCUGCUUCAACUGCCUCAAGUGCUGUGGCAACUGCUGCGGCUGCUGCGACUCUCCCGACAAAAAACACAAACAUCUCGACGAACCGUACUUCCCGCCGGCCUUCGCCCCUCACAGCGGAUACAAGGCCCCAGACCCCAUGAUGUCUGGUGGUGGAGCUCCCGGUACCCCCUUCUCGCCCGCCCCGUCAUACGCACGCUUUGAAACUGGACCAAACGGAAUGGCUAUCGACCCCCCCAAGCCCGUCAACGACGAUGCACUCCCCCCGAUGCCCAGCUGGGACUCAGCCGCCAAACGCCGUAUCAGCAUAGAAGAUGAGCCCGGCGCAGUUGAGCUUGGCGAACUCGACCCGGUAACUGGACAACGAAUGCCCCUUAUGACAGGCGCUGCAGGCGCAGGCGCAAUCUCUCGAACCAACAGCCCAGGAAUUGGCACUGCAUCCGCAGGAGCGAGUCCCUACGGCCACCCGAACGGCGGGGCAGGCGGAUACAUGUCACCUGGACCCAACGGCCGACCAAACGACCAGUUCUCGCGCAAUAACUCGAAUAAUGGCUACGGAGGCGACCAAGGCCUCUCACCUAUUGGACCCCCCGGGCAAGCUUACGGUGGACGCGGAUACUCACCACAGAACCAGAACCAAUUUAUCGGCCAAGCGCAAGGGGGACCUGAUGAGCAGUACGGAAAUCACGCUAUUGGGAACGCAUAUGGCGACGACAGACAAUCGCCAUACCCCGGAGAUAAUGGCGGUCCCCAGGGAGGUGCCUUUGGCGUAAUGCCAGCACCUGGCUUCGGACAACAUCAACGAAACGAUAGCGGUCAGCGACCUUUCACUGCUGACCGCGCGCAUGUACCUGCUGGUCCGUUAGGUGGUGGAGGAUACAGCGGCAGCGACGAGUCGUAUGCGAAUGCGCCGCGCAUGGGCAGCCCGCCAAUACUAUCGAAUACGAGCGGUUACGGGCCCCGUGGCGGAAGCCCGCCACAGGGAGGCUACAGGGGCGCGACUCCAGUUGAUUCAUCAGGAGGAUACAGGGGCGGAAUGGGGAUGCCGAUGCCGAUGCCGCAACGGGUUGAUUCGCCGCAGGGAGGAUACAGAGGGCCACCGCAACGAGUAGAUUCGCCCCAAGGCUUCAGAGGGCCGCCGCAAGGGUUUGGAGGACCACCACCUCAGCAGAGGAUGGGAAGCCCUGGACCAGGACGGGGUGGAUUCGGGCAGGGCCCAGAGAGGAGAGGAAGUCCCGGACCGGGACCAGGAGGGUUUGGACAGGGUCCCGAGAGGAGAGGGAGUCCAGGGCCCGGACCGGGAGGGUUUGGACCGCCUAGACGGACUAACACGGGAGGGAUGGGGAGCCCCGCACCACCGAGCUAUGCUAGCCGGAGUCCAGGUGGUGGGAAUGGAGGUGGUGGCGGUGGAUAUGGAGAUAGGUGGUAGAGAGACGGGGAGGUUGAAGUGAUGGGGAGGAUGAUGUAGAUGAUGGGGGAGUGAUGUAAGUGAGAUUGGUCACAACACACGGCACGGCACGGCACGACCGCUGGACGCGGCGGGAUACCCUUUUCUUGUAUAUGUUUGUAUAUUCUAAGGUAGACGAUAGGGAUGGAGAGAUAUGUAAAAUCUACCGUUACUUCUGUC